AGUUUUUCUUAUUGAUUAACAAAAUUGUUUCUCAAAAUGGCAUAAUGGUAAAUAAAACCAAUUGUUUUAGCAUUUUAAUAUUUUUUUGCUGUACUUUUCCUGUCUUCUUCUUGCUCCAUCAUCUUAAUCCUUCGUCUUCGCAAAUCACCAUUGUAGCUACUUCCCUCCUCCAUUGAAACUACACAGGAACCACUAUCUCCAUUCUCCACCAUCAUAUUUCCGGCGGCUUCACCGUCGAAUUAAACGAAAACCCCAAGAAAUAUAGAGAAAUUAGAGUAUGGUUAACUCCAAAAGGAGAAGGUUAUCGUCCUCCUCCAUUGAAACUAUUCGCGAGCUUCGAUUACUCGAGUCUCAAUUAAAGCUACUUCCUCCAUUGAUGUUGUUGAAUAGUUGAUAUCUCCAUUAAAUGUCUACUUCAAAAUUACGAUAUUAACCUUAACUUAUUGAUUGAACUUACGAAUAUACCCUUUUGAUAUUGCAUAAAGGACUAAGAGCACAUCCUCCCCCACAAAAGCCACAACUCUAGUACUAGAAUUCCUAAAUUGUCACUUUCUACUUCAAUUCAUAUAAAUACUCACUCCCUUCUCACCUCAUCCAAUACCCCCCCAAUUCAAUUCGUUUGAAAAAAAACCACAUUUUUUUCACUCCAAUUCAAUGGAACCACCAACAUCAACACCACCUUCAUCACAACCCACUCCUUCACACCCAACGGACCCUUCUCCCUCUCCUUCUCAACCAUCAACGCCGUUGCAACAACCGCCGCCUUCUCAACCUCCGCCGUCACAACCACCGUCUACUCCCUCUCUUCCACCCCCACAACCGCCGCAACAGGCACAAUCACAACCGCAGCAACAACCACCAUCACAACCGCCGCAACAACAACCACCACAGCCGCCGCAACAACAACCACAACAACAACAACAACAAUCCAUUCCAAACCCUAAUCUGAACCCCACAAAUUCACACCCUUCUUACCCCCAACAACACCACCAGCAACAGCAACAACAGCAACAGCAACACCAACAACAACCAAUUGCGUUUAGUAGACCAGCAUGGUCACAACCCACUUCCCAAUAUUCACAUUUCUCUUCCCAAUUUCAGUCCUCAACUUCUUCUUCUGCUGCCCCUCCGCCGCCGCAGAGGGGUGGCAUUGCUAUUGGGGUUCCUGCUCAUGCUUCAUCUGGUCCGACUCAACCCGCCGCCUCGUUUUCUUCCGCUUUUGGUGUUCAGUAUGGUGCUGCACUUCCUCGCAAUCCUGUCAGUCUUCCCGAUCCUUCUGUUGUCUCCUCUUCCUCCCCCUCUCCGGCAAGGCCUAUAAUGCAUGGAAUGCCGAGCAUGGGGAUAAUAGGCUCUCAGAUACGGCCUGGUGGGGUUCCUCCUUCGGCUCUUCACCAGCAAAGACCAAUGCAGGCAGCUUCUGGAAUUAGGCCACUGACUACUUCCAAUAAUAUGCCUUCUGUGACCCAGAAUUUCCAAGGACAUGGCAUGUUGAGGGCCUCUUCUGUAACUUCACCAAAUACAUCAACACCGAGUACAUCACAAACCCAGCAGUCUCCACAUCAGCCAUGGUUGUCUGCUCAACAAGGGCGCCCCCCUUUGCCCUCUCAAUCUUUUAGACCCCAGGUGAAUCCCCAGUCACUACAGCAGAGAUCUCAUAUCCCUCAGCAGCCACCUCAGCCUGUUCAAGCAAAUUCCCAACCACAGCAAUUAUUGCCAUCACAACAGCAACAGCAACAGCAACAGCAGCAGCAAUUACAUCCCUCGCAACAGCAACAGCAAUUACAUCCCUCGCAACAGCAACAUCAAUUCUUGCCUUCUCCACAGCAACAGCAACAUUUUCCAGCAUCAAAUCAGUCUCAAGAGAAUUAUGGACAGCAGCUCCCAGCAUCAAGAGUUUUGCAACCUUUACCUAAUCAGCAACAAAUUGUCAGGGUACAGGGAUCAGCAAAUCAGAAGCCUCCCUCCCCUGCCACGGGGCAAGUAGGCAUUGUCCAUUCUGGCCCUGUUGAGAAUGUAAAUGCUGCAGAAAUUUCUGAACCUUGUAGCACAAUCCUCAGCAAGAGAAGCAUUCAAGAGCUUGUGAACCAGAUUGAUCCAUCUGAGAAAUUAGAUCCUGAUGUUGAAGAUGUUCUGGUUGAUAUUGCUGAAGAUUUUAUUGACUCGGUUACAACAUUUGGCUGCUCAUUGGCCAAACAUAGGAAGUCAAAUACAUUGGAAGCAAAGGACAUAUUGCUGCAUCUAGAAAGAACUUGGAAUAUGACUCUUCCAGGGUUUACUGGAGAUGAAAUUAAGACCUAUAAGAAACCAGUUGUUAAUGAUGUCCACAAAGAGCGCCUAGCACUGAUAAAAAAAUCUAUCACUGGAGCUGACAAUAAAACCUCUGCUGGACCAGCUACUGGAAAUGUUAAAGGGCAUUUGGCUAAAGCAACUCCCAACGUCGUGGGAUCUUGAGUCUCAUUUGACUCGUCUUUGAUUCAGAUGAUAUAUUGGUGACAUUCUACUCUUGAGGCUCAAAUUAUUUGGCCUCAAGUAUUUUUGUAACUCAGGUUAUGUGACCUAACUCUGAGCUCCUGAAGGCCUUUUUUGGGGGGUACAGAUGCUGUGUAAGCUUUUGGUUCGGAACUGUUAGAUUUCAACUAUUAGUGAAUAGCAUAUGUGCUUUGAGGGGGAAAAUUGUAAAGGGAAGGAAGGCCGAUUAGGGAAGGCAAGGAAGAGUUUUGUCACAUACCAACCACUAAUUUUAUGAGUGGUAUAGAGGGAGAUGAUUUUGGAUGAUCGGAAUAUGAGGUAAUGAUUAUCUUAAUUUACAGCAUUUAAAACAUUUGCAUAUAUAUACUCCUAUUAAGGAAGCAAACGGUGGGAGAGAUUGGAAAGAUGUGAAGCUUUGUGUCUCCUAUUCCUAUUACUCGUACGUAAUUAACAUUGAGCAUCCAUUGUCAUGCUGUUUGUAUUUUAGUUAAACUCCUCUUUUGGUAUGCAAUUGGAAAGUUAUACAAGUAUUCUCUGCAUUA